UUUCUUUUUUUUUUUUUUCUCCCGUUAUUUCUUUUAAUUAUUUUUAUUUUUAAUCAUUAAUCUCGCCCGGGCCGAGCGCGGCGGGACUCCGCUGUCAGCGGCGCCAAGGCGGCUCCCUUCUCUGUCCGUGCGCGCACACGCGGAGUGGGGGUGGAACGAGAGUAGCCGGUGCUAGCCCCGGUCCGGCCCUGCUCGGUCGCCCGCCCGCGGCCGCCUUGCAGCGCGCCGCCCGCUGCCGGCAGCACUUGGUAGUCGGUAGCGCCGGGGCUGGGGCCUGCGGUGUGCUGGGGAGAGGGACGGUGGACAGGCAGGAGACUGAUUUGUCUGUCUGCCUGUCUGUGAGUCAGCUCGGGCUGAGCGGGCGGCCCGAGAGCGGUGUUUCCCUCGCUGCAUGGAGCUCGGGGCCGCCGGUGAUGCGGUGCCCGCCGCUGGGGUUGGCGGAGCGGCCUGAGCCCCUCGUCCGCCGGAGGCGAGCAUGUCUAGUGAGCGGCUUAACAGGACAGCGGUGACGGAUGCGCGGUUAAAAGACCUGUUGUUGGAAAGAGCUGAACUGGAGUUUGUUCAAAUCAUCAUUAUAAUUGUGGUUAUAACUGUUAUGGUGGUAGUGAUCAUCUGCUUGUUGAACCAUUACAAACUCUCGACACGCUCCUUUAUCAAUCGACAGAGCCAAAGCAGAAGACAGGAAGAAACUUUGCAGACGGAAGGGUGCUUGUGGCCUUCAGAAAGCUCGGUUUCACGCCAGGGUGCUUCAGAGAUCAUGUAUGCUCCAAGGUCCAGGGACAGGUUUACUGCCCCAUCUUUUAUGCAGCGGGACCGUUUCAGUCGUUUCCAGCCCACUUACCCGUACAUGCAGCAUGAGAUUGACCUUCCUCCGACCAUCUCCCUCUCUGAUGGAGAAGAGCCGCCACCGUACCAAGGCCCGUGCACCCUGCAGCUCCGGGACCCAGAACAGCAGAUGGAGCUCAACCGGGAAUCCGUCAGGGCACCACCCAACCGAACCAUUUUUGAUAGCGACUUGAUAGACAUCUCCAUGUACAAUGGGGGCCCCUGCCCACCAAGCAGCAAUUCGGGCAUAAGUGCAACCAACUAUAGCAGUAACGGAAGGAUGGAAGGACCACCCCCGACGUACAGCGAGGUCAUGGGGCAUUACCCAGGCUCCUCUUUUUUCCAUCACCAGCACAGCAACGUGCCUCCUUCCUCGCAGAGGGGGAGCAGACUUCAGUUUCAUCAGAACAAUUCAGAGAGCACAAUAGUCCCCAGCAAAGGCCAAGACCGGAAACCAGGAAACCUGGUCUAAAAGUUACUCGUAAGCCCAGGUGCAUUUGAACUGAAGACAAGAGUUUGAAGCAGGGCAGUGGAGGAAGAUCCCCCGUGCUCCGGUGCACAAUGUUGUUGCGUUUCACGUGGUACAACUUAGUAAAACCAAACGUGCAAACCA